AUGCGGUGGUACCUGUUGGGGUUAUUGCUCCUCUGCCUUCACUGGAGGCAGACAUUCGCAGCUCCAGCAGAAUAUAAGUAUCAAGAUGCGAAAAACAUUGCACUUCUCGCCGUCAGAGAUGAGACAGACGCGACAACGACCGCAUCCGAUAAUACUUCCAGUCAAAUGACUGCGACCACGGCUACGACCACGACUAAUACCGCCUCAACAACUACUUCAGCAACCUCCACAACACACUCGACAUCACAUUCCACCUCUAGCCAGACGAGCCAAUCGACCCUAACCACAUCCGUCCCGUCGCUAGUCUCAUCUUCAGGCUCAAGUGAUGACCAAUCGAGCACGAAUUCAACGGAACAGACCUAUACCGGUGGAUUGCCGAUUCGGCCCUCAAUUACACCGGCGCUGGGUGUGGGAGGAUUCAUACUUCUCGCAGCUGGUGGAGUGUUGAGUUUCGUCGGUGUCCGAAAGCCACGAAUUUCUAUCUUUUUAUCCACGGGAUUACUGGCCGCACUGGGUGUUACCGUUUUGAUUGAAUAUGUGAUGAACCCCCCAGUGAGCAAUGGAGUUCAAGGAGGAUACCUAGUCGCAAUAUUCUUUACGGGUGCUAUAUUCGGUGGCCUGUCUCUCGUUUUCAAAGAGAUCACCGAGGGUCUCUGUUGUCUGCUCGGCGGUUUCUGUAUUGGCAUGUGGUUCUUGACCGUGAAAGCCGGCGGUCUGGUCACGGGCGACGGAGCCAAAGUUGGGUUCAUUUUAGCGUUUACUGGAGGCUUUUACUGUCUCUCGUUCAGCCAUUAUACCCGUUCCUAUGGAUCGAUGCUUUGCACUGCUUUUGGUGGUGCAACUGCGAUGGUUCUCGGCAUCGAUUGCUAUAGCCGAGCCGGACUGAAAGAGUUCUGGCUAUAUCUCUGGGGGCUGAAUGCAAACUUGUUCCCGUUGAACACUUAUACCUACCCGAUCACCCGCAACAUCCGUGUUGAGUUGGCCAUUAUAAUCAUAGUCACCGUGUUCGGUGUGAUCUUCCAGCUAAGGUUGUGGAAAGUCAUAAAGGAACGCCGCGCGAGAGAGGAGAGUGCCCGCCAGGAAGCCGAGAGAGCCAAGGAGGAGGCUGAAGCAGAAAAUGGCCGCCGUAUCGAGGAGAAGAACCUGAGAGAACGAGCAGAGUGGGAACAGAUGUAUGGCAAUGGCAGUGAGGGCGCCAAAGAGCCAUCUUUGUCCGAAACGGCCGUUGCCGACGAUUCGCGACGCAGCUCGGAUGCGUAUGGAUCUUCUGUCCGUGAAAAAGGAAACUCAAUCGAAAUGACAGAGAUGACUAGCCCGGAUCCUCUUUCGGCGCGAGUAUCUGACAGUGGAAAUCACCUCGAGGCAGUGGAAGAGGUUGAAGCGGAGACUAUAGCCGAAGGAACGGAUGGUCAUGCGACAGAGGGACGAGAACCAUCCCAGCACCAAGGAGAACAGGCAGACCAAGAAAUAGCAAGACCGACAACCCCUGAUCCGAAGGAUUUGCACACCGAGACCAACAUACACCCCGACAACAGCUCUGAGCAUGGUGCUGUUCUGGGAUCGGAAAUCGGCACACCACGCUCGAAACGUUUCUCGAGCAGAUCCUUGAUGAACCGGAUGUCCUGGCGCAGCGGACAUACCAUGAAGCCACUACCACAUAAUCAGUCCGAGGAGGCCUUAAUUGAUGCGGAUGCAUCGUCUUCCGUCGCAGGAAUGGUAGACGACCUUCAAAGCGUUACUUCUGACAGGUCAAGCCUGGCGGAACUUGAGGUCGCGGCCGACACGACACCAGCAAGUAACUCUGGUGAAAAACUCCCGCCUAAUGAUGUUGCGUCUGAGACGACACCCAAAAUCGAUGAGCGCAAGGCCCUGGAUACCAGCACUGCUUCCGUCGUGACAGCUGUCCGCGAUGUUGAUGCCUCGGAGGUUAGCACUCAACAAAAAUCCAUGCAAGGGGACGAAAAUCCCCGCAAAAUCCAUGAAUCAGGAGUCCUCGAGCAAAUGGCCACUGCUGAAGCCACAAGUGGUGCCGAGAUCAACACUGGCAAGUCAGAUGCUAUUGAGGAUCAGCAACCGAGUCCUGUAGUUUCAGAACCAGCAGUGGCAAACCCUGAACAGCAGGCCGAGUCGGUGAAAAAUGAGGUAACCAAGCCUGAAGGUACUAUCGCAGAAAGCAAGUCGGCAACCGAAACUCGAGAGAAGGCCGAGAAAGAUGCCGCAGUCCUUCCGGAUGAGGUAGUCCCUGCUCAACCAUUGGUCGUCCAACCAAAGCCAGUAAAGAAGCCCAAACUGGAUGUGUCGACUGUGCAAAAUAUCCCCGAGCAGACUUCAAGAGUUGUGAAUUCAUUCCGCACCAGAGAAUGGGCAAAACACCUCGCUAAUGCAGAUGCUCCGGAUUGCGAACCAAUUCAGUUCGAGAGCGAAGAGCAAGACGAUCCCACUGCAUCUGAAGAGAUGGCAGCUCCGGUCGACAUACACGGUCUGCUACAGACCCCUCUUAAUGCCCAGCCACCCCCAGCUAUCAUGAGCCCAGCUUCCACCAGCCCAGAACAGACUUAUUAUCAAUCUCAAACCUCACUGGUAUCUCCAGAUAUCUCUCAGCUCAAAACGAGGAAAAGCAUGCAAAACCUUACCAGUGCGAAGUCUCCCCCACUCUCUCGGAACGUAUCUUCGGGCUCUUCAAAUCCGCAAGAACACCAUGAAAUGGCUACGAUGCGUAACAGCGCAUCAACUCCAUAUCUGACUGUCACUACUGCAAAUCCGCCCGAAGAGGUGGCAGAAUCUCCUCGAUGGAGUGGGCCUGCACCUCUGCUAGCUGUGCGAGAAAACAUGAUGAAAAACCGAAUGUCAUCGACAUCUCUCCGUUACGACCCAUGGGGACCCCGAAGCCAAUCUCGCCAGUCUUUGGCUGACCCCACUCGAGUUGUAUCACCAACAAUGCCUAUUCUCGAAGCAGAAGAAGCCGUCGCAAUCUCACCCCACAUCGAAGACGAUAUCCCUCUUUCCAAAAGACGCGCCCUGCUACAGCGCCAAACUAUGCGAUCGCCAUCUGGGGCCAGCUCACCAAGCCUCGAACAAAUUCGAUCGCCCAUAUCUCCUGCCUCAGGGGACCCGAACAGAUCAGAAGCUAUGAUGUCGGCAUGGCGACAAUCUGUGCGGGAGGAUCUCUCACAACGACGCGAUCCUCUAGCUAUGAAAUCACCACCCCUUGGAGCUACUAGCCCUGCUAGCCCUGACCGACCCCGGAAUACCUGGGGAUCUGUACAGCAGAUGCGUGAUGCUUCGGCAACCCAUAUUGGCAAUAGCAUUGCCGAAGGGAUGCAAAAGGAAACAUGA